AUGAUCUAUAAGGCACAGUUUCGACCUGUCCUGGAAUACGGUUUCCAUAUUUGGAAUGCAGCACCCAAACAUACCCUAAAACUGUUGGAUUCUGUCCAAAAAAGGGCAAUUCGUCUCGUGGGUGAUGCCUCGCUCACAAACUCACUCACUUCACUGGAACACCGUAGAAAAGUUGGCGAUCUGGCUCUAUUUUAUAGAUAUAUCCAUGGACGAUGCUCUUCUGAAAUAUCAACAAAUGUAUUUCCCUCGGCAGUCCCCGCAAGAUUAACUCGUCGAGUUGAGGCUUCGCACCCCUUCUUGGUUAUAUUGGAGACCUGCAGAACAUAUUUUUCCAAAUACUUGUUCAUCCAACGAAUAGAAAUCCUACCGAUGCCUCUUCGAGACAAAUUCCCCUCCGGCCCGCGCACCUUCGGCCAACCCCGCAACCUUGACUCUCCUCAGACCGCCUCCACCCCUCAAACCACCUCCACCCCUCAAGAUACCCAUACCUCCCAAACCGCCCCCAACACCACGACGCCCCCGUCCCGCCGACGCCGUUCCGUCACCGUCUCGGACCGACGCGCACGCAGCGCCGACGUCGGCGUCAGCAGCCUCUAUGACGUCAUCUCCGAAGCGGACCUGGCAUUCAGCCCGGACGGCCGGCCGGAGGCGGUGGCCGUGUUCCAGGGCCGCAUCAGGGAAGAAGUGGUGUACGGUGUGUGCAUGCCCGUGCCCGGGUUCAGCUUGCUGUUCGUGCUGGUCGCCGUAUCGGCGGUGGUGUCGGCCUUGGUGGCCGGAUCGCUACUCUAUCGGUUAAUGAAACCAACCGUCAUCAUCCUAUCAAUGAAGGUUGAAAUACAGUACGUAUAUACUACAAGUAGACACGGAAAGGGUAAUCCUGUGCAACAGGUGAUUAUGCGCAGGUGUUCUUGGACCAAUAUCGGUUGGAUCGUCACUACAUCGUUGAGUGUGAGCAGAGGAAAGACAGCAGCGGGUGUUCUAGGACCAAUAUCGGUUGGAUCGCUACUUCGUCGUUUAGUGCUAGCAGAGAGAAGGCAGCAGGUAAUUUUCUGCAGCAGAUGUGCUGACAAAGUGUUGUUCUGUGUGGAAGAUGAUACCGCCAGAGAAAGGGCACCAGGUGAUUAUUCGCAACAAAUGUGUCAUGGCAUUGCGUUACUUCGCGUAGCAGCUGGUACCAGAGAUCAGCUUGCUGUUUGCGCUGGUCGCCGUGUCGGCGGUGGCCGGAUCGCUACUCUAUCGGAAAGUAGACACGAAGAGGGUAAUACUGCCCAGCAAGUGAUUGUGUAUAGGACCAAUAUCGGUCGAAUCUCUAUUUCAUCAUCGUUGAGUGUGAGCAGAGGAAGGGCAGCAGGUAAUUUUUCGCAGCAGAUGUGUCAGAAAAGUGGAAUUUUUUUUGAUUGGGUAGAGUUAGAGCAGAAGAAGAACAGCAGAUAUUUCCAUAAAGUUGGUGUACGACAGGCGCUUGUUGGUGCCCGAGUUCAGCUUGCUGUUCGUGCUGAUCGCCGUGUCGACGGCGGUGUCGGCCUUGGUGGCCAAAUAGCUACUGUAUCGGUGAUUGUGUGUGAAAAGGGUAAUUGCAGGCAGUACCAGAUCCAAAGGGAGCGCCUGGCAGAGCAAGUCCAAGAUGAAUCCGGCUCUAUCCCAUUGAGCGCGUUCUCUAACUGGAUAGGGUUCCGUCUGCUGAGGAAGAACUGCGUCUCGGUGGCCAGACACACCGGCUGCAAGCGGAACGGGGACGCUCCGAUGCAAAUGCGGACUGUGGUGAACGGAAAAGCAGCUAAUGGCGCGUGUAGUUCUCAGAGAGACUGAACCACUAAUUGGUGCCUUAGAGUAGCUCAUAUGUGCAAUAGAGCCGAAUCUGAUUAGACCUAGCAUUUAUUAAUUCGUGAUUUGACUUGUGGUGAGAGUGUCUUUAUGUACUUGACACUCUUGUUACGACGUUUCCGUAUAUUUGGAGUAUGAACAGUCUCAGAAGCACUGACAGUCAAACAUAACCAGAAAGCAGAUUAUAUGUUAUGCCAAACAAAUAGGUCGCAUGUACGAUGACCGACCCUGGAUGUAAAAUAUUGAAACACAACCUCACUUUCCUAUAAAUCAUUGAAAAACAACCUCACUUUUUUCAUUUGUUCAGGAAUCAAAGGAUUGAGAUAGUUUUUCACAAUAUUUUGGCAUACGAAUCGUGUUUCCUGCGGUAUUCAUUAUUUCAAGCAUGCCUUCUCAUUGUGCUGUUGUACAAUGCACAAAAAAUGCAGCGGCCGGGAGACAAAGGAAUAUGAUGUUCCAGGUAAAUAGUUGCAUCACAUAGUUUUCAAUAUGAAAUUUUGUCAUUUCUUAUUAUAAUUCAUUCUGCCACUUCUGCGUUAGGAGCUAAUACUGCUUAUAGAUUGAAAAUGUCUACAACACACACGAUCAUAUUUCGUCAGCAUGUCAGACCAGUCCUGCCGUUCGAUUGCAUGAAUCCAAUCUUCUUUCAUUAUUUUAGAAAUU